AUGUCUAAUAAAAAGCAACAUUUACACGAUGACCAACGCUUUACUUCAGAAACUCAUAAACCUUUAAGAAACAUAUCAGGUGGAGAAUAUGAUAGAGGAGAUGAAUUGUUAUACAGUAAAAUAGAAAAAUUGAACAAUAAGAUAAAGGACCUUGAAGCUUCAAUAACCAUAGCAACAUUACAAAACAAGCAGGAUUCCGAUGGUUUGACUAUUCAAAAUAGCGUCAAUAGGAGUAUACAGAAAGGAUACAUUAACCCAACAUCCGAAAGCUUGGGGGAUACGAAAUCGAUAGGGACUGAUUUUCGCUUUAUAGGUUAUAAUCCUACUAUGUCGGAUGAGUGCACAAUAAAUUUUCUUGAUUCUCUAAAUAAAGAUCCAAGAAGUGAGUUGAAAGCUCCAGUUACCCCAUUUGGGCCAUUGAAAUUUAUCAUUUUACUGAGGCAAGAUCCAGGAGGUAUUUUGGUAUGGAAAUAUUUGACUUCUCCUAAUAGAAUACACUUUUCAAUCGAAUCAGUAUUUAAAAAAAAUCCGAAAAAUGAAGAUUUAGAAAGAAGGUCACGUCAAUUUUAUGGAGAUAAAUAUAUUAAGCGAUUAGACAAAACCUAUUCAGACACAGAUAUUAUCGAAACAAAAAAAGCUAUAUCUAAUUUUGGUCCGAAGUUGGGAAUCUGCUUCCAUCCUGUAGUCAUUAGUAAUAGCACUUGCUUGCUAGAACAAAUCAAACAAGUACUACCUGAUAGAAGAACUCUUAAUAUACUAGUCGAUAUUUUUUUCGAAAACUUGUUUCCAUUCUUCCCGAUACUUGAUGAAUCAGCAUUUAGAGCUGACAUCUUUCGAUUAGUUGAAAUUAACACUAGUGACAAAUCAAAUGGGGAAAUUAGAGAUAUUGUACUAGGAAGCAAGCAUGACUUAGCUUUUUUGGCAACAUUAUUGAUAACUUUGAGACUAAGUUAUUUAUCAUUGUUUAGUUAUCUGAUAGAAAAAAAUGAAGAGUUUCUAAAGUCGGAGGAUAGUUCCUUGAAUUCGAAAAAUAGACGACUUCUUAUGGAGCAUCCAAUACCUAUUGAAGCGAUAAAUAUUGCUGAGCUAUGCCUUAAAGAGUUUGAUUUAACCACUGAAUCGUGCUUGGCACUCUUUCAGUCUUUAUGUAUUAUGCAUAUUUAUCACAAACAUGCUCCAGAAGAAGAUCCCUCUAAUAAUCAUCAAUCGACAAUUUCUAUUGGAAUUUUGUAUCAAAUGGCUAAUUCUUUGUUCUUGAACAGAGAUCCUGAAUAUAUAUUGCACUUUUCUGAAAGGAAAGCAGAUGAAAGGAUUGAUAUGUUAAAGAGAAACUUGUGGUAUUACUUGGUUUGUGCCGAUAUUGAUGAUUCAAUAGUAUUCGGAUCUGAAAUCUACACAGUUGAAUCAAAUUAUGAUACCAAAAAGCCUUUCCUAAGUGAGGAUUCUUCGAAAAUAAGUGAGAUCGAGAAACAAACAAUCAUCGCAUUUGAUAAGUUGUACCCCGUUUUAAUGUCUGCUCAUGGAAUUUUAGCACUUAUAUUUAGAGUUAAAUCUGAAAUGAAAUUUUCUGAUUUAGCUCAAAGAUUAACUGAUUUUGAAAUUUUAGUCGAAAAAACCCUUGGAAAUAUGGGUACAUAUCUAGUGUCUAAUAAUUGUUAUCCAGAGUUUUUCAAGAUUCAGAAAUUCAAGUUAUAUUUGUAUUGCAAAUUGAUGUUGCUGUAUAUUUAUUAUUGUUUUUUUCUAUAUUUUGAAAAUAGGAAUGUUCAAUUGAAUAUUUUUUAUUUGAAGAAACUGUGGACUAUUGUAUAUGACGAAUUGGGUUAUAGCUGUGAUAAUUUUUUGUAUUAUUUUGAAGGCCUCUUUGGGUCAGGCUUUGUUCUAAUUGUUACUCCAAUUUUUGAAUAUUUGACCCGUAUGCGAAUGCUAUUUUGUCAAUUUCGAGUUAGGCUUACCAGUACUCUUCGAUCUAUAAGCAUGCAUACGUUUAACAAAAGCCUAGUUAAAAAUUCCCUGAUUAAACUCUAUUCCAAAUCGCUAAAUGCUUUGAUUAAUAUUAUUAGUGAAUUAGAAAUGAGCAGUGAAAGCACAAUGUCAAAUUUAAGUGACAGGUAUUUUUAUGCAUGGAAAAGUUUCCAGUCAUAUAGGUAUGGUCGGAAUAUUUUAGAUGAUCAUACUCUAUAUGAAAUUGAUGAAGAGAGUAGUUCAAAUGCUAAUUUAAAGUAUUCUUUAGAUGAAUUACAACAAUUAGAAAACCUACUCAGACAUGUUCUAGGUCUGAUGAACUACAAAUCAUCAGGCUUGAUUAAUGGUAGGAAUGGUUAUGGUAUCCAUACUAGGAAAAUAGAAGAGUGCAUGCUUUAUGAUCAUCAAAUUGAUAAAUUAUGGUUUCUGUAUGAUUUGAUGAGACAGGAAUCUUUAUCUUCUCGAAAUGGAGUUUCUAAAUAUAAUAAAAGAAAAAACUUAUCUUUUAUGGAAAAUGCUCACACCAAUGACGCUAAUACUAGAGUGACUAAUGAGUUUGAUAAUCAUAUAUUACACGAUAACAUAUUCGGAAAUUUUGCAAUUGAUGACUUUUUCUCUGAUAAUCCUUUCAGCCUCAUAAGCUAA